UCAUAUCCCGGAAAUACACUCCUGUCGAUGGGGGAAAAUGGCGUUAUGAACAGCUCCAGACUGUGAGAGAAGUGGAGCAGUAACGUUAGAGUCAAGAGACAACCGUCAUUAACUCGUGGUUCUCGGUUUACCAACUGAAAGAAACGACCAACCUUACAUUAAACAUAAAUGUGCAUUAAUACAGUUGCACAGUCGAUUACGUAAGGGCGCUCCAGAUGGACAAAGACAGACUCGCAGCUGGUCCAUGCUCAUGGCUGGAUAUGCAUAAUUUUAUUGGUGACCUUAUGGCUGCAAAUGCUUCAGUCACUGGUCAUCCACUGAGAGAGCAACGUACUGGGGAGACACCGAGUUCUGCUCGGCCCAAAGUCUCUCAUCCUCCCCAGUCUACCCCGUCCAGACAGAGCCAGGUGAAAAGUGCUGUUCGGUUUGGUCUGCAGGAAAGGGAACCCAGAGGUCAUGAAAGCCAUGUUCAGCAUCGUUCCUGCACAUGUCCUGGCUGCCCUCUUUCCUCAUAUCCUUCUAGUUCCUCUUUCCACACCUUAAAACCCAGAAGUAGCCUGGCCUCCCAGAUCCAACCACCUUCGGCCCAACAGUCCACUGCACCGCAGCCGAUUAAAGAGCCCGGUGCUGCCCUUGUCGGCCUAGGCUUGUGUGUAGGUUUGGGACUCUCUCUGGAAGAGGAAAACACUGAGCCCAGCAGCACAUCUGCUCACCCCCAACAAGAGGACAAAGGCACUAGCACCCACAGCCCAAUCCCUCAGGAAAAUCCCUGCCUGCCUAAAGAGUCCCCACCAGUUCAGACCUUUCCGUGUCUAUGCUGCCACCGUGGGUUUCAAACCUGUAGCCAACUUCUACGCCAACAAAAGAACUCAGAGGCACACAUUGCCCACCGCCAUUAUCAUCACCACCCCCAUCAGUGCCCGCUCUCCACCUGCACGUCCUUCCCCUGCCUAUCUUGCCAGCGCAACUUCCCCACCUGCGCCCAGCUCCUUCACCAUCAGCAGGCCCAUACGCAACAGGAAGGCUUGCAGCAGCUGCCAUGCAUGCACUGCAAUGCCUCUUUCCCCCGGCCAUCGCAACUGCUGCAGCACCAGCGAACCCAGCAUGCGUCCAAAGCUGGCGGCUUCCUUUGCGGCGAGUGCGGCCGUGCAUUCAACUCACACAGCAAUCUGCGCAUCCACCUCAAUGUACACACAGGCGCCCGUCCAUACAGCUGCUCCGAUUGUGGCAAGAGCUUUAGUCAGUCCGGGGCGCUUAAAAUUCAUCGCCGAAUUCACACCGGAGAAAGACCGUACACCUGCACUUAUUGUGGAAGGGGUUUCCCUCACUUAGCUGGAGUGAGAGCCCAUCAGCGAAUUCACACGGGGGAUAAACCGUACCGCUGCGGUCAGUGUGGGAAGUGCUUUACUCAGUCUGGAGCUCUGAAGAUCCACACUCGCAUCCACACUGGCGAGAGGCCUUUCGUGUGUAGCCUCUGUGGGAAGAGCUUUUCAAACCGUUCCGGUAUUCGCUUUCAUCACCGCAUGGUUCACGGGAUCGUGACGGAGCCCAACUCCGUGGGAAGGCCUAGCCUGGCUGCCUCUGCGUCGUCCGCUUCAGACUUCCAGAGAAUUCAAGCUUCCGGUCUCAGCCAGAACCAGCUUCGGGAACUGGAAGAGAGGAGUCCGCCCAGUAGAGAGCAGUUAAGAGGGGAUCGGGACAAAGAUGCCCUUCCGUAUGCCUGCGAGGACUGUGGUCAGCGUUUUCCAGACGCUCCGUCUAGAAACAAACACCAGAUAUUGCAACACUACUCUAAGGAAGAGAGAAAAAAGGAAGAGAGCAGCUCUGACAAAACUAUAGAUUAGAGAAAAACAACAAACAUUUCUGACUCCAUGUAUUUUAAAAGAUAAAAGCAGCUUUAAUGUAAUGCGUUAAGGCAGAUGUUGAGCCCCUUUGAAGCUUGCUGAUAUUAUAUCACACUGUUAUGUCAUGACUUAAGAAAUAUUGUUUGUGUACAAGAUGCUAUACAUUACAACUGAGAAUGCAAUCUCAUUUAUAUUACACAUUUCAGCUAAACCUGCAGUGUACACUACAGUCUCAUGGUGUCCUGGAAACCAGUAUUUUAAUGGUUUAUAAAGAUUGAAUCACUCUCUAGCCAUCAAAAA